AUGUCUGAACAUAAUAUCUACGGGUAUAAUCCCUCGCUUCCAGCAGCCAUCAUCUUCAUCAUACUCUUUGGAGCCUCAACUGCCUACCAUGGCUACCAACUCGUCAAGUCACGAUGCAUGUACUUCAUCCCAUUCUUAAUUGGCGGCGUGUUCCAGAUCAUCGGUUAUAUCUGUCGCGCAGCCUCACAUGAUAAUUUCUCCGGAAUUCCCCUAUACGCGAUUCAGACACUCAUGAUUCUGCUCGCUCCGCCACUAUAUGCCGCAUCAAUCUACAUGGUCUUAGGCCGAACAGUGACAUACCUCCACGCAGAGAAUCUAAGUUUGGUGCCAGUGAAAUGGAUGACAAAGAUCUUCGUAACCGGCGAUGUCUUCUCCUUUCUCCUACAGUGUGCUGGUGGUGGUCUCAUGUCUGCAGGAUCAUCCAUGCACGAAACAGGGUCGAACGUAACAAUCGGCGGCCUAGUCAUCCAACUCCUCUUCUUCGGUUUUUUCGUGGUCGUCACGACGGUCUUCCACUUCCGCAUCUCACGCCAUCCAACCUCCAAAUCACAAACAGACCUUGGCAUCACCCGAAGCCUGGGCUGGAAACAGCGCAACUGGUUCACCAUUCUCGUCGGCCUGUAUAUUGUCAGUGUUCUGAUUCUCGUGCGGUCUGUUUUCCGUCUAGUCGAGUAUAGGGAGGGAUAUAGUGGGUAUAUCAUGACACAUGAGGUUUUCAUGUAUAUCUUUGAUGGAUUGUUGAUGUGGAUUGCUAUGAUUGUGAUGAAUAUCUACCAUCCAGCAGAGAUCCUGGGGAAUGGGAAGGGUGGACAGGGUGAAUAUUCUGAGACGAUGCAAUUGUAG